CGAGCCUGAAUGUGUUGGCUUCCAAUAAAAGAUAGAUAUGUUUGUGACAGUUUGACCAGUCUUGGGAAAAGUCAGCAGUUUAGCGACAUUUGCAUAAACUGUUAUAAUCGUUCUAGUGUCUUGAACUGACUACAUAAGAAAUGUGUAAACUAAGAAUAAGCUCAGUGUGACAAACAAUAAACAAAUGAAAAACUGUAAUGUCUACAUCUUUCCACUUACUACGCUCAAACUAAUAACAACUCACGUCGACCAGUCCACAUUCCGUCAGAAUGUCUGAUAUCGGGAAACCUUUAACUACAGUCGAUCUAGAAGUGGUUGAAGGAGCUUCUGAAUCCGAUGAUGAAGAAAGCUUAGCGAACAAACGAAAACGGUAUCGUCGCAGUAAAACAACUCCAUCCAGAGCGCAUACACAAAGCUGCAAUAGUUUGUCCCGCUUUGCAUCUUCCUUUACAUCAACAAAAAGUGAACAGAGAUCCGAACCGAAUGUCAACUAUCAUACGGAUGACCAGACUGGUGACGUCGUUGAUCUACAUUUAAAUGUGUUGCCACGAACUUUAAAUGAUAAUACCGAUGCAAGUUGUUCGGGUAGUGCGAAAGAUGGUGCGGUAGCCGAUGUGCCGUCCGCAGGGUAUAAUAAUUCAAGUGGCUUGAAAGAAUCGUUGAUUAAUGUUCUGGGUAAAUUGGGUGUAUGGAAAAAUAAUUCUAAGCUAAAUAGAGUGCCUCAAGGACAAUGGGAGUCUGAUGUGCCUCCCGACAAAAAACCAUCUCAACCAACUACGUCUAAGUAUUUUCGUGCUUUUAGUUACGUUGAAAACGAACGCAAAAUUCGAGCUAACAAUAGAGAAUAUAAUUCACAAUUUAAAUACGCAAACAACUACAUCAAAACGUCCAAAUACUCGUGGCUAACAUUUUUACCGUUCAAUUUACUGGAACAAUUUCAACGUAUUGCCAAUUUCUAUUUUUUGUGUUUGCUGUUACUGCAAUUAAUACCAGCUAUAUCGUCGUUGACUCCUAUUACCACAGCGAUACCACUAAUUGGUGUAUUGGCAUUAACAGCGGUCAAAGAUGCCUACGAUGACAUUCAACGGCAUAUGUCCGAUUCACAGGUGAAUAAUAGACGAUCGAAAACGCUUAGAAAUGGAAAAUUAAUCGAUGAAAAGUGGUCAGGUGUUCAGGUGGGCGAUGUAAUCCGAAUGGAAAACAAUCAGUUCAUUGCCGCCGACAUAUUACUUUUGUCAUCAAGCGAACCGAAUGGCUUGUGUUUCAUCGAAACAGCCGAACUGGACGGUGAGACCAAUUUAAAAUGCAAGCAGUGUCUCGUCGAGACCGCCGAAAUGGGCCAACGCGACGAUUUGCUGUGGGAUUUCAAUGGUGAAAUCAAUUGUGAACCGCCGAACAAUUUGCUGAAUCGAUUCGAUGGCACGUUAUUGUGGCGAAAUCAACGCUAUUCGCUGGACAAUGAGAAAAUUCUGUUGCGUGGCUGUGUGCUACGGAAUACACAAUGGUGCUAUGGAGUAGUGAUAUUUGCGGGCAAAGACACGAAACUCAUGCAGAAUUCGGGGAAAACAAAAUUUAAGAGUACCAGCAUCGAUCGGCUAUUGAAUUUUAUCAUCAUUGGGAUUGUAUUUUUUCUGUUGUCAAUUUGUGCAUUUUGUACGGUUGGGUGUGCUAUUUGGGAAGGACUUGUAGGACAAUAUUUUAAGGUGUAUUUGCCGUGGGAGAAAAUCAUUCCGAGCGGAACAUUUCAAGGUGCAACCGUUAUUGGUUUGCUCGUAUUCUUUUCAUAUGCAAUCGUUUUAAAUACUGUUGUGCCAAUAUCACUCUAUGUCUCAGUGGAAGUUAUUCGUUUCGCUCAAUCGUUCCUGAUAAAUUGGGACGAGAAAAUGUACUACGAAAAGACCAAAACGCCGGCCAAAGCCCGUACAACAACGCUGAAUGAGGAACUCGGCCAAAUUCAGUACAUUUUCUCGGACAAAACCGGAACAUUAACACAAAAUAUUAUGACUUUUAACAAGUGCAGUAUUAAUGGCCGAACGUAUGGAGAUGUGAUCGAUUUGCGAACGGGAGAAGUAAUCGAAGUGACGGAGCAAAACACAUUCAACAAUCACACAACAUCAAUUUUAUUGAAUUCCGAAGAGCCACCCGGCCAAAGUACACCACAAUCGACGAUUCAUUUUAAAGCAAAAGCAAAAAAACGUUGCACAUACGAUCAGCUAUCAUUUUGUAAUGACGGCGACGAUGAGCACGAUCAUCAUCGGAAUGUACAGCGACAAGAGCAAAUUCAAUCAUCACCAAAUACCACACACAAAACCAAAAAGAAAUUGCAUUUCAAUAUCGAUUCAAAUGAUACACAUCACAAUAAUUUGAAUGCGUCGCACACAUUUAGCAGUGAACAACAAGGAAAUGUGAUGCAUGGCAUGCAACCGUUAGACUUCUCCUACAAUCCGGAAUUCGAGCCAGACUUUAAGUGGUACGAUCAAACGUUAAUGGAUGCAGUGAAAUCGGAUGAGUCACAUGCGCAUAGCUUUUUUCGUCUAUUGGCUCUGUGUCACACCGUAAUGCCGGAGAUAAAAGACGGAAGAUUGGAAUAUCAAGCUCAAAGUCCAGAUGAAUCAGCUUUGGUAUCGGCGGCAAGAAAUUUCGGUUUUGUCUUCAGACAUCGCACCCCCAACACCAUAACAAUUGAUGUUAGAGGCAGAACUGAAGAAUAUGAACUUUUAAACAUUUUAGAUUUUAACAACGUUCGGAAAAGAAUGUCGGUCAUCGUGCGACGAAACAAUAAAAUUGUGUUGUAUUGCAAGGGAGCUGACAAUGUGGUAUACGAUAGACUGGGACCAAAUCAAUAUGAAUUGAAGCAGCGUACGCAAGAACAUUUAAACAAAUUCGCCGGCGAAGGUCUACGAACGCUUGUCCUUGCCGAACGUGUCAUCGAUGGUGAAUUUUUCAAUUCAUGGCGACUGCGACAACAAGAAGCUGCCUUAUCGCUGGAUGGCCGAGAAGAUAAACUGGGCACGCUGUACGAUGAAAUCGAAUGUGAUAUGGAAUUGGUUGGUGUGACUGCAAUCGAAGAUAAAUUGCAGGAUGGCGUUCCACAGACAAUAGCAAAUUUACAAAUGGCUGGGAUUAAGAUAUGGGUGCUUACGGGUGAUAAGCAAGAAACGGCAAUAAAUAUUGGCUAUUCGUGUCAAUUAUUAACCGAUGAUCUAGUCGAUGUCUUUGUGGUUGAUGGAACCACAUUAGACGAAGUGGAGAAGCAACUUAGAAAGUUUAAGGAAUCAGUGAAAAUAGUCAAUACCUACCAUCCGCCAAAUAUGCAAACCAACAAUUUUGCGCUGUCAACGAAUGGCUCGCAUUCAACGUCAUCGGCACCAACAAUCAACAUAAAUAGUCCCGCUCCGCCUGCCAUAUCGGUUGUAACAUUUAGGUGGGACACAAAACAUAUUAGGGGUGCACCAGACAGUGCUGACAUCGAUCAAAUCUAUGAGAAUGAAAAAGAUCCGGAAAAGCAGACAGUUGAAAACGGUGCCACUGGCGCUGGGGACGAUGUCGAAGAAAAUACCGGAUUUGCAAUCGUUGUCAAUGGUCACUCAUUAGUUUACUGUUUAUCGUCUGAAUUAGAAAAUAGGUUCCUAGACAUAGCGUCACAAUGUAAAGCUGUCAUUUGUUGUAGAGUAACUCCACUUCAAAAAGCGAUGGUUGUAGAACUGAUAAAGCGGGCUAAGAACGCUGUCACAUUGGCUAUAGGUGAUGGUGCUAAUGAUGUGUCAAUGAUCAAAGCGGCUCACAUUGGUGUUGGUAUAUCCGGCCAGGAGGGCAUGCAAGCAGUUCUUGCCAGUGACUAUUCGAUAGCCCAAUUUAAGUAUUUAGAACGACUGCUUUUAGUACACGGUCGAUGGAGCUACUUCAGAAUGUGCAAAUUUUUGCGAUAUUUUUUCUACAAAAAUUUUGCAUUCACACUGUGCCACUUCUGGUAUGCCUUCUUUUGCGGUUUCAGUGCGCAGACGGUGUUCGAUCCGAUGUACAUUUCCGUUUACAAUCUAUUCUAUACAGCACUGCCGGUGCUAGCGCUUGGAAUAUUCGAAUGUGAUGUUUCCGAUAAAUUGAGUAUUGAAUAUCCGAAAUUGUACACACCAGGAUUGACCAAUGCCCUGUUCAAUACAACGGAAUUCAUCAAAAGUGUACUGCAUGGAGUGUUUAGUGCAUUAGUUUUGUUCCUAAUUCCUUACGGUACAUACAAAGAUGGUAUGUCACCGAAUGGCUACACCCUCAGCGACCAUAUGACAUUAGCAUCUGUAGUAGCCACAAUCCUAAUUUUAGAUAACACUGCCCAAAUUGCACUCGACACAACAUAUUGGACAAUAUUCAAUCACAUCACCAUUUGGGGUAGCGUACUCACCUAUUUUGUACUGGACUAUUUCUACAAUUAUGUAAUCGGUGGCCCAUACGUCGGUUCGCUAACGCAGGCGAUGCGAGAAGCGACAUUUUGGUGUACAACCGUCAUAACCGUUCUAACGCUAAUGGUACCUGUAAUGGCAUCGCGAUUCUAUUUCAUUGACGUUAAACCGAGUUUAGCUGAUAAGAUCAAAAUGAAACAACGACUAGCCCAGAUCAAGUCCAGACAAAGCACAGACGUACUUCGUACACCAUCAGCACGACGUACACGGCGUUCACUACGAUCGGGCUAUGCGUUCGCUCAUCAGGAGGGAUUCGGUCGCCUCAUUACGUCCGGCAAGAUUAUGCGAAAAUUACCGCAAGAUUUUGCCUUUCCACUUGGUUUGGGCGGUAAGAAGCAUAAUACAACCGAUCAUACUGGUGACAGUCAUAAGAGUAAUCACAGUACAUCUACGAUGCCGGCCGGUAGCUCGAACGACGGUGACAACAGUCCGAGAGCUCCAUGUCAGGAUUUGGAUACGAUUAAUUUGUAGAGAGUGUGUGAUGAUGAAGUGUUUGGGGUAGCCCUUUGUUAUUACGCGUGUGGUGGCUAUGAAGUAUAUUAACGCAUCAGGAUGUGAGGCAUGAUAAUAAUUGAUUUCAAAUUGUGAUUUUAGUUUCUAAAUUACUUUUACGUUAAAUUAAGUUGCUGUUGGAUAGAAUGUCAUUAGUUUAAGUGUUUUGUUCGCGGGAACUUUCCGAUGAUUCCCGUUUUUACUUUGUUCAUUUCAUUUGUUCUUCAAGCAGAGUUGCAUACAUUUGAAGUGAUUGAAUUGUCAUCGACCGUAAGUGUUUUCUAUCUUUCCCGUUGAAAUUAACUUGGUUUAGACUAAAUGGUUGUCUUAGGUUUACUUUUUGCCGCUCAUCAUGACUUCGAUAAGAAACUAAAUCGCUGCCUGCGUAAGCUCCUUGAUGACUAUAACGGUUAAAAGCACAAAAGCAGUAUUUUUUUCUCGUUGGUAGAUUGACCGUACUCCCAUCAAUUUAUACAGUUUCGAAGUGAGGCAACCAUCGAAAGGAAAGAAGAAGUCUGUUUAGUUAAGUAGAUCGGUGCUGUAGGCUUUUUAGUUAUAAUUCAAUUUCCUAAUUCGGAGGACUCAUUUUUUUCGAGCAGAUUGGCCUUCAUUUUGUGUGGAAGUUAACACAAGAUUUAACUCAGCGCUAUGUUUUGACUCAGAGUGAAGUCUUGACUCAAGGCAAAUUUUAACUCAGAGCGAAGUCUUGACUCAAGGCAAAUUUAACUCAGAGGGAAGUUUUGACUCAACGCAAAGUUAUAACUCAGCGCAAGGUUUAACACAAGCGCAAAAUUUAAUGCAGUGCAAGAUUGAACUCUCAGUGCACGAUUGAACUCGCAGUGAAAGAUUGAGCUCUCAGUGCAAGAUUUAACUCAGCAAAAGAAUUCAACUCAGUGCAAGAUUUAACUCAGCGAGUUAUUUUACUGGCCGAAGGUUGAACUCUUCGACAGUAUGAUCUCAUACCCUUCCCAAAUGCAGCUUGAUGUGGAUGCCUUGACUAUUUAUCAUUAAAGAAUGGUAUUAUCAGUGCCCCGACGAGAUACAAAUGAAAACGGUCAUCCGAUACGUGGACCAAUCAAUCUACUUGUCUAAUUGUUCUACUUAGUGAAACUGGUGAAUUGUUGCGAAUGUCGUAAUGCGACACCAAUCUUCGCGUAUAAUUUACUUAUGGCCUCUCAAUAUGUAUAACUAAAAAAUAAAAUUUGUUUCUUAGAGAUGGCAUCACAUCUUCUCAGACAUCGUCGUUUUGUUACCUACGAACAAAAAAUGCACUAGGCUUAUUCUCAGCGGCUGGUACCGCAGAGUUUGUGUUUUAAUGGAUAAUUACAUAAUCGUCGAAUCGUUCGAGUAAAUUUAAAGAGUAGCACUCAGGUCUUAUGCUGGACGCAUAUGGCAUGUAUCCAUCAUUUUCCAAUUUUUAGACAUAUACUGAAACUUCUGCCGACUAACUUUGUAACUAAGAU